AUGCAGAAGUUAGCAACAAAGAAGUUAGGAUGGGAUGACCCAAUUCCAGAUGUUGGACUGCAGUUAUGGCGGCAGUGGGUAAAGCAACUUCCUGAAGUAGAAAACUUCAAGGUGCCUAGAUGUGUGGUUCCUGCAGGAUAUGGUGCCAAGACAGAGCAUCAGUUACAUCACUUUGCUGAUGCAUCCGAAGAUGCCUAUGGAGCGGUGACAUACCUGGUGGUAAGGAACUCUAAAGGGCAAGUCUGUAGCAGUCUUGUCUUUGCCAAGUCUCGCCUCGCUCCAGUGAAGAAGACUACGAUUCCUCGUCUCGAAUUGAUGGCUGCUACUGUUGCGGUGAAGUCAGAUGUCUUAGUGAGGAGAGAACUGGAUCUACCACUAAAGGACUCUGUGUUCUGGACUGACAGCAUGAUUGUAUUGGCAUACAUUAAGAAUGAAGACAAAAGGUUUCACACCUUUAUUGCCAAUAGACUGUCUAUGAUUCACUCUGCCAGUGAUGUAAAGCAGUGGCAUCAUGUCAACACGAAAGAGAAUCCGGCUGAUGACGUCAGUAGAGGCAUGAGUGCUAGGGAUCUCGUGGCUAGUGAGAGAUGGCUUCAUGGGCCAAAAUUCAUCCUGUUGACUGAAGAGCAGCAGAGCCAAGAUCCAGAAGCUGAUGAUAUCCUACUAAACGAUGAUCCUGAAGUAAAAACUGUGAAGGCUUAUGCCGCUGAGACUGAUGUUGAUGUACCAAUUGCGGCUACUGAUGAACUGUUGAGCUACUUUUCAGAUUGGUGCAAACUAAAGAAGGCAGUAGCUAGAAUCUUGCAGUUUCGGGAAUAUCUUCUGUGCAAGGUGCGGAAGAAGGUAUUUGACUGUAAGGUGCUUCUUACAGUGGAUGACAUGAGAGAGGCUGAGCAGGCAAUCCUGAAAUAUGUUCAGCGCCUGGCAUACCCAGCUGAAUACCAGGCAAUUGAGGAGAAGCCAGCCUUGAAUGGAAAGCAGAGGGCUAGUAAGUUGAAGAAGUCCAGCCCUCUCUAUAAGUUAGACCCUAUGAUGAGCAGAACUGGGUUGCUGUGUGUUGGAGGCCGCCUUAGGAAUGCAGAGCUGAGUGACGAGAUGAAGCAUCCCAUCAUCUUACCACCCAAGCAUCACGUGGCAGAGAGCAUGUCCUAUCGAUGCUGA